AGACUCCAAACAACAUUUUUGAUUUCUUUCUUUAGCUUCUCAUUAUCCGUAGAUCAGCCUAGCCUAAACCCUAUAUCGAAACAGAAUACGUUCAAUGGUAGUAUUUAAAUGGUCAAUGUUCAGGUUUUGGAAAAGGCCAUCCAAUGGAGGGCCGGGAGAUCUCGAGGUUGGUCUCGGUGGCUACUCAUUCCCCCCCGCAGAUGAUGAUGUUGUAGUUCCACACCUUCCGGUAGCUGAAGAUGUGUCAUGCGAUUUGGAAGAAGGCGACCCUAAACCUGAACCUGCAGUACUUGAGAAUAAUGCACCACACGAUUUGGAGGGCGCCGGUCUCAUUACUACCAAUCACCCGAGCUCGUGGAGGAGGGUGGGUAAGUUAAAGAGAGCAUCUGAGGCGUUUUAUCAAGUGAUAAGCGAGACAUUGUGGAGAACAGGAACACGAACAGUACCUGACCAAGCACUUGUACAUGAUCACCAAGAAACAGAACAAUCAGCAAACGAAGAAGCUUCAACAUCUGGCGGGUUUGGGAUUGGAUUGGAGGAACUCGUUCAACUAGUCAAAGAGCGUAGCCUUGAAGCUUUGAAUCGAUAUAAUGGGGCAAGCACACUUGUUCAUGGGUUAUCAACUUUGCUGAAGACUGACUUGAAAGUGGGCAUAGAUCGGCGCGAUGAUGAGAUACAACAUCGCAAGCUCACAUUUGGGUCAAACACUUAUCCUUGCAGAAAGGGAAAGACUUUCUGGGGUAGACUUGAUGGAUGGUAUGUAGAAGCUUGCAUCAUUUUGGCCACUGUUUUUCAAAUUUUUGCGAGAGCUAUCGCUGAGUACAAGCAAUCUUGUCGGUUUGAAAAGUUGACUGAGGAGAAGAGAAACGUAUAUCUAGAUGUGUGUUCCUGCAGACGGUUUUCUUCAUCCCUUGUGUAUGGUGUUGCACCUGCCCACAAUGCUGAACUUUUUUGGUUGCAGGUUAUCAGAGGUGGCAGAAGAGUCAGGGUUUCGGUUUAUGAUAUUGUUGUGGGCGAUAUUGUACCCCUCAAGAACGGCUGUCAGGUACCUGCAGAUGGUGUCCUGUUUGUUGCAAACGCAUUGAAAGUUGACGAGCAAGAAAUAACUGACUCAGACGAAAUUGUUCAAAAAGAUCUUCAAACAAAUCCGUUUCUGUUAUCUGGUUCAAAACUGAUAGAAGGGAUUGGUACAAUGCUGGUUACAAGUGUUGGAAUGAACACUGAAUGGGGGUUGAAGAUGGAGAUUCCACAGGAGACUGACGAAGAAAAGCCUUUUCAGGGAUACCUGAAAUGGCUUGCGAUUUCUGCCAGCUGGUUAGUCGUUUUGUUUGCUUCAGUUGCCUUUAGUGUUAGAUUAGGCCGAUACUUUAGUGGUUGGACUAAAAAAUCAGACGGAACUCCAAUGUUUAUCUACGGAAUUACCACUGUCGAUGAAGCAACAGAAUUUGUGAUCACAUCCCUGAGUUUUGGGAUUGCGACAAUAGUAGUAGCAGUGCCUGUUGGACUUUCUAUAGCCGUUCGCUUGAAUAGUCUGGUAAUAUGGUUGCAAACUCUAUUGCUGUUCGAAGAAUGGCAAAACCUUAAACUUUGCAAAGACAACGAAGAAAAUGAGGAAAGACAAAGUUUUGGUGCAAUCACUCUCUGCAUUUGGAAGAAUGGGAUCUGUUACAACUAUAUUGUGUCAUCAAACUGGAAUUUUAACUUCGAAUCAGGCAAUUGCUUCCUUUUAUAUGCAAUCAGCUCUUUCCUGCUUGCUCUUAUUCUUCUUCUUGAGUACCCACUUUUUAAGCAUUUAUUUUCUGCUAAGCAGAUGUCGGUGGUUGAUGUUUGGGCUGGAGGAAUAAGAAUGCAAGAUAUGGAUAAUGUUUCACAGUUGCCCACGUUUCUUAAAGAACUAAUCAUAGAAGGCACUGCCCAAAACACAAAUGGCAGUGUUGUUUUUGAAACGGGAGUCACUGAACCAGAGGUUUAUGGAUCACCAACAGAACAAGCCAUUCUUAACUUGGGGAAUAAGUUGGGAAUGAAAUUUGAUGAUGCUAGGUCAGCAUCAUUAGCCCGUCAUACUAUACCAUUCAACCCAACAAAGAAAUAUGGAGGCGUGGCACUACAGCUUGGUACACACGCUCAUGUUCAUUGGAAAGGAUCUGCAAAAACUAUUCUGAGUUCAUGCGAAGGGUAUAUGGAUGGGGCCAACAACUCCAGAGCUAUUGAUGAACAGAAACGAAAGUUUUUUGAAGGAACAAUAGAAAAUAUGUGUAAGGAAGGACUGCGUUGUGCAGCACUUGCUUAUCAAACCUGUGAACUGGGAAGUCUUCCAACCAUUAAGGAACCUCGAAACCUUGUUUUGUUGGCUAUUAUUGGUAUAAAGGAUCCUUGCCGGCCAGGCACAAGGGAUGCGAUCCAAUUGUGCAAUUCCGCAAGUGUUAAGGUCUGCAUGGUGACGGCGGAUGACGUUUUGACGGCACAAGCAAUAGCAAUUGAAUGUGGGAUACUGACGAAUGCAUCUGGCCGUAAUAUAUGGACAGGAGCCCAAUUUCGUGAACUUUCCGAUCUAGAAAAAGAGCAGAUCGCCGGAGACAUCUUAGUUUUUGCUCAAUCUUCUCCCAGCGACAACCUUCUGCUUGUCCAAACACUGAAGAAAAGAGGGCAUAUCGUUGCAGCCACUGGGAUGGGAAUACAUGAUCCAAAUACACUACGCGAGGCUGAUGUUAGCCUUGCAAUGGGAGUUGGAGGGACCGCAGCAGCAAAAGAGAAUUCCGAUAUCAUUAUACUAGAUGAUAAUUUUGCUACGAUUGUCAAGUGUAUCAUAUGGUCCCGAGCUCUAUACACCAAUGUACAGAGAUCUAUCCUAUUCCGGCUGACUGUCAGUGUAUCAGCAUUGGCUAUCUGUGUGGUUGAGGUUGUAAUAUAUGAUGCCUUUCCACUUAACGCCGUGCAGCUUCUAUUGCUUAAUCUUAUUAUCGACAUCUUAGGAGCAUUAGCGCUGGCAUACAGACCAAGAGCUGAUGACCACCUAAUGCGAAAGCCACCGGUAUUUUACCUUGUGUUGUCGCUGGUAAUCAUAAAAUCUGAGAAGCUACUGAAGCUGAAGCAUGGUCAUACGGGCAAUGCCGAAAAAGUGAUGAACACAUUUAUAUUCAAUUCCUUUGUCUUCUGCCUGGUUUGUAAUGAGUUUGAAAUCCAAAGUGUAGACCAAACCUUCAAAGAAAUCCUUAGAGAGAAUAUGUUUCUCGUUACAAUAACCUCGACUAUCAUAUCUCAGAUAAUCGUGAUCGAGUUUGCCAGCAUUUUCAUUUCUUCCGUCAGGCUAGACUUGAAAAAAUGGGUGACGACAAGUCUUUUGGGAUUGCUCAGCCAAGUCGCCACUCGCUACCCUUACCCAACCAACCAAUAUUACCGUAACUGAGAUUUGUCUUGCCAUAUAGGCACAACUACCGUAAGAACCUUUUACUCCGUAAUCUCCUAAUGAAUCACACAUGAAUAUCUUAUAGAUUUGACAAGUGGUUUCUCUGAACUUUACAAUUCUCAUUUCAGGUCAACUUUUGAAGCAUCCCUCUAGCUUUGGACGCUUGGGAGGAUGUUGUUCUCUGCGUGGAUGUGCGUGAGAGAUUAAAUAAAGGGUAUAAUAUAUC